GCUCCUGUCGCCAAGAUGCAGCUCAAACCCAUGGAGAUCAACCCCGAGAUGCUGAACAAAGUGCUGGCCCGCUUGGGGGUCGCCGGCCAGUGGCGCUUCGCCGACGUCUUGGGGCUGGAGGAGGAGGCGCUCGGUUCGGUGCCUGCGCCCGUCUGCGCGCUGCUGUUGCUGUUUCCCCUCACCGCGCAGCAUGAGAACUUCAGGAAAAAGCAGAUUGAAGAGCUGAAGGGACAAGCAGUAAGCCCCAAAGUAUACUUCAUGAAGCAGACCAUCGGCAACUCCUGUGGGACCAUCGGGCUGAUCCAUGCUGUGGCCAAUAACCAAGACAAGCUGGAGUUCAAUGAUGGGUCCAUCCUGAAACAGUUCCUUUCUGAAACGGAGAAGUUGUCCCCUGAAGACCGAGCCAAAUGCUUUGAGAAGAACGAGGCUAUCCAGGCAGCCCAUGAUGCCGUGGCCCAGGAGGGCCAGUGUCGGGUAGAUGACAAAGUGAAUUUUCAUUUCAUUCUGUUUAACAAUGUGGACGGCCACCUCUAUGAACUUGAUGGCCGGAUGCCCUUCCCCGUGAACCAUGGAUCCAGCUCGGCGGACUCACUACUGCGGGAUGCUGCCAAGGUGUGCCGAGAAUUCACUGAGCGGGAGCAAGGGGAAGUCCGCUUUUCUGCUGUGGCCCUCUGCAAGGCAGCCUAAUGCCUAGGAGGAGCCUCCAUUGUCCCCCCUCUCCCCUUCUGCGUGAAUACUUCCUUUUCUAGCGCAUUCUGAGAUGCGCGUGUGCUUGU